UCCACAUACAACUAGUGAAUAAAUCAUGUACAUGUGUAUAUAUAGGUGCUCAUUUGUACUACAGUAGAUCUGAAUUGUAUAUGGUUUAGCCUAUAAUAAUAGUCAAGGGUUUCAGUUACAAUCAAGUAUAGAUCCGUUACUGUUUCUAAAAUGAUUUACUGCAUGUACCAAGCGAACAAAGCCUUCAUCUUUCUUCUCUGUAUUGUUGAAGUUUUAGGUCCUUCUCCAUCCAGCUGCUCAACACCACCUGCUAUUGAAAAUGGCUUUGUCUCUUCAACUAUGUCCUAUUCAGCAACGUACAGAUGCAACCCUGGGUACCAACUGUUGGGAUCUGCCACAGCUAUUUGUGAAAUGGAAGAAAUUGAUCUUGUUUUCUGGAUCUCCGUACCUACAUGUAUAGCUGUGAAUUGUAACUCUCCUCCAUCUAUUUCCAAUGGGUCACCUGAUACACCAACAAGUACAACUGUUGGAGGGACAGUGACAUACAGUUGUAAUACUGGUUACGUACUGUCAGGAUCAGCUACAGUGACCUGUGAGGCUAGCGGAGGUUGGAGUACUAGACCGACUUGUGAAAUCGUCUCCUGUGAGUCUCUUCCCUCUAUUUCCAAUGGGUCACCUGAUACUCCAACAAGUACAACAUUUGGAGGAACAGUGACAUACAGCUGUAAUACUGGAUACGUACUGUCAGGAUCAGCUACAGUGACCUGUGAGGCUAGCGGAGGUUGGAGUACUAGACCAACUUGUGACAUCGUCUCCUGUGGGUCUCUUCCUUCUAUUUCCAAUGGGUCACCUGGUACUCCAACAAGUACAACAUUUGGAGGGACAGUGACAUACAGUUGUAAUACUGGUUACGUACUGUCAGGAUCAGCUACAGUGACCUGUGAGGCUAGCGGAGGUUGGAGUACUAGACCAACUUGUGAAAUCGUCUCCUGUGGGUCUCUUCCUUCUAUUUCCAAUGGGUCACCUGAUACACCAACAAGUACAACAUUUGGAGGGACAGGGACGUACAGCUGUAAUACUGGUUACGUACUGUCAGGAUCAGCUACAGUAAACUGUGAGGCUAGCGGAGGUUGGAGUACUAGACCAACUUGUGAAAUCGUAUCCUGUGGGUCUCUUCCCUCUAUUUCCAAUGGGUCACCUGGUACUCCAACAAGUACAACAUUUGGAGGAACAGUGACAUACAGCUGUAAUACUGGUUACGUACUCUCAGGAUCAGCUACAGUGACCUGUGAGGCUAGCGGAGGUUGGAGUACUAGACCAACUUGUGAAAUCGUCUCCUGUGGGUCUCUUCCUUCUAUUUCCAAUGGGUCACCUGAUACACCAACAAGUACAACAUUUGGAGGGACAGGGACGUACAGCUGUAAUACUGGUUACGUACUGUCAGGAUCAGCUACAGUAAACUGUGAGGCUAGCGGAGGUUGGAGUACUAGACCAACUUGUGAAAUCGUAUCCUGUGGGUCUCUUCCCUCUAUUUCCAAUGGGUCACCUGGUACUCCAACAAGUACAACAUUUGGAGGAACAGUGACAUACAGCUGUAAUACUGGUUACGUACUCUCAGGAUCAGCUACAGUGACCUGUGAGGCUAGCGGAGGUUGGAGUACUAGACCAACUUGUGAAAUCGUCUCCUGUGGGUCUCUUCCUUCUAUUUCCAAUGGGUCACCUGAUACACCAACAAGUACAACAUUUGGAGGGACAGUGACGUACAGCUGUAAUACUGGUUACGUACUGUCAGGAUCAGCUACAGUGACCUGUGAGGCUAGCGGAGGUUGGAGUACUACACCAACUUGUGAUGUCAUCUCCUGUGGGUCUCUUCCCUCUAUUUCCAAUGGGUCACCUGGUACACCAACAAGUACAACAUUUGGAGGGACAGUGACGUACAGCUGUAAUACUGGCUAUGUACUGUCAGGAUCAGUUACAGUGAACUGUGAGGCUAGCGGAGGUUGGAGUACUAGACCAACUUGUGAAAUCGUAUCCUGCGGGUCUCUUCCCUCUAUUUCCAAUGGGUCACCAGGUACUCCAACAAGUACAACAUUUGAAGGAACAGGGACGUACAGCUGUAAUACUGGUUACGUACUGUCAGGAUCAGCUACAGUGACCUGUGAGGCUAGCGGAGGUUGGAGUACUAGACCAACUUGUGAAGUUAUCUCCUGUGGGCCCCUUCCCUCUAUUUCCAAUGGGUCACCUGAUACCCCAACAAGUACAACAUUUGGAGGGACAGGGACGUACAGCUGUAAUACUGGUUACAUACUGUCAGGAUCAGCUACAGUGACCUGUGAGGCUAGCGGAGGUUGGAGUACUAGACCGUCUUGUGAUGUCAUCUCCUGUGGGCCCCUUCCCUCUAUUUCCAAUGGGUCACCUGGUACACCAACAAGUACAACAUUUGGAGGGACAGGGACGUACAGCUGUAAUACUGGUUACAUACUGUCAGGAUCAGCUACAGUGACCUGUGAGGCUAGCGGAGGUUGGAGUACUAGACCAACUUGUGAAAUCGUCUCCUGUGGGUCUCUUCCUUCUAUUUCCAAUGGGUCACCUGAUACACCAACAAGUACAACAUUUGGAGGGACAGGGACGUACAGCUGUAAUACUGGUUACGUACUGUCAGGAUCAGCUACAGUGAACUGUGAGGCUAGCGGAGGUUGGAGUACUAGACCAACUUGUGAAAUCGUAUCCUGUGGGUCUCUUCCCUCUAUUUCCAAUGGGUCACCUGGUACUCCAACAAGUACAACAUUUGGAGGAACAGUGACAUACAGCUGUAAUACUGGUUACGUACUCUCAGGAUCAGCUACAGUGACCUGUGAGGCUAGCGGAGGUUGGAGUACUAGACCAACUUGUGAAAUCGUCUCCUGUGGGUCUCUUCCUUCUAUUUCCAAUGGGUCACCUGAUACACCAACAAGUACAACAUUUGGAGGGACAGGGACGUACAGCUGUAGUACUGGUUACGUACUGUCAGGAUCAGCUACAGUGAACUGUGAGGCUAGCGGAGGUUGGAGUACUAGACCAACUUGUGAUGUCAUCUCCUGUGGGCCCCUUCCCUCUAUUUCCAAUGGGUCACCUGAUACACCAACAAGUACAUCAUUUGGAGGGACAGGGACGUACAGCUGUAAUAUUGGUUACGUACUGUCAGGAUCAGCUACAGUGAACUGUGAGGCUAGCGGAGGUUGGAGUACUAGACCGACUUGUGAAGUCAUUUCCUGUGGGCCCCUUCCCUCUAUUUCCAAUGGGUCACCUGAUACACCAACAAAGACAACAUUUGGAGGGACAGGGACGUACAGCUGUAAUACUGGUUACGUACUGUCAGGAUCAGCUACAGUGACCUGUGAGGCUAGCGGAGGUUGGAGUACUAGACCAACUUGUGAAAUCGUCUCCUGUGGGUCUCUUCCUUCUAUUUCCAAUGGGUCACCUGAUACACCAACAAGUACAACAUUUGGAGGGACAGGGACGUACAGCUGUAAUACUGGUUACGUACUGUCAGGAUCAGCUACAGUGACCUGUGAGGCUAGUGGAGGUUGGAGUACUAGACCAACUUGUGAUGUCAUCUCCUGUGGGCCCCUUCCCUCUAUUUUCAAUGGGUCACAUGAUACACCAACAAGUACAUCAUUUGGAGGGACAGGGACGUACAGCUGUAAUAUUGGUUACGUACUGUCAGGAUCAGCUACAGUGACCUGUGAGGCUAGCGGAGGUUGGAGUACUAGACCGACUUGUGAAAUCAUUUCCUGUGGGCCCCUUCCCUCUAUUUCCAAUGGGUCACCUGAUACACCAACAAAGACAACAUUUGGAGGGACAGGGACGUACAGCUGUAAUACUGGUUACGUACUGUCAGGAUCAGCUACAGUGACCUGUGAGGCUAGCGGAGGUUGGAGUACUAGACCAACUUGUGAAAUCGUCUCCUGUGGGUCUCUUCCCUCUAUUUCCAAUGGAUCACCUGGUACACCAACAAGUACAACAUUUGGAGGGACAGGGACGUACAGCUGUAAUACUGGUUACAUACUGUCAGGAUCAGCUACAGUGACCUGUGAGGCUAGCGGAGGUUGGAGUACUAGACCAACUUGUGAAAUCGUCUCCUGUGGGUCUCUUCCCUCUAUUUCCAAUGGAUCACCUGGUACACCAACAAGUACAACAUUUGGAGGAACGGGGACGUACAGCUGUAAUACUGGUUACGUACUGUCAGGAUCAGCUACAGUGAACUGUGAGGCUAGCGGAAGUUGGAAUACUAGACCGACUUGCCCACCUGUUUCCUGUGGUGACCCUCCGACCAUUCCCAAUGGGUCCAGGACUUUCACCGGCACUACAUAUGGGGAUAUGGCACCCUACACCUGUAACACAGGGUACCAAUUAUCAGGAUCAGCUACAGUGUUAUGCCUGGCUAGUGGAAAUUGGGAUACUCUAUCAACCUGCUUAGCCAUUUGUAGUUCCCCUCCUUCUAUCUCAAAUGGAUCUCCUGGCACACCCACUAGAAUCAUACAAGGAGGGAUUGUGGUGUACAGCUGUAACUCUGGCUAUCAACUGUCGGGAUCAGCUACUGUUGUCUGUCAAGAUAGCGGAAAUUGGAGCCCAAGGCCAACUUGUUUAGCUUCUCAGCCUGGCUCCUGCGACAAUCCUCCAACAAUUCCCAAUGGGUCCAGAACUUUCGCUGGUACAUCAUUUGGAGAUGCUGCAUUUUACAGCUGUAACAUUGGUUAUCAACUGGCAGAAUCAUCCAUAGUGACCUGUGAGGCUGAUGGAAGUUGGAGCACUGUACCAACUUGUAAAGCAAUUUGUCCUCCUCUCACUCUUGUGAAUGGAGUGGUUACUUACCUUCCAAGCAGUUCCAUCAUACUAGAAGGAACAGUAGCUCAACACAGCUGUAACACUGGCUACCGUCUCUCUGGAAAUUAUACGAGACUCUGCAGCAAUAAUAAUGGCACUGCUGGUGUAUGGAGUUUGCCAAAUUUAUCAUGUAAAGGUCUUAUAAUUCAACUCCGUUUUGGUGGUGUACGUGAUUGCAGUCAGUACACUGCCUCUGAAAUGGUUCAGAAAACUGAUGACAUCACUACCACACUUGUGCAAGGUGUCAUUGCUUCUUGUAAUUGUCGUUUAAACUCAACUUUCUUGUUUAACGCAUUUCUGAAAUGCUGUGCUGAUUCUCCACAGCAUGUGACAUACAGGGCAACAUUGUUGAGCUCAAGUGAUCUGUCCACAUCAGAAGUGCUUGAGUAUAAAUUAUAGAGAAAUGGAUUCAUUCCACUUCAAUUGUGAUUAUUCAGAAUUUUAAUCUUAACCUCAAUUCAACUUGCAGUUAUUGCUGACUUCGAUAGUUUGGAGUGCCCAGUACAAGUCGAUAUGGAAAACACUGUGGGCUCUGUGAUAGCAGGAGCACAUUACAGAAGGAGCGUCUAACUGUGCAUGGGUUCGGAAAUCGCAUCUCGUGUGCUUUCCUAAACGCGGCAUUGCCAAGAAAAGUGUGCAGUACAUAAAGUACAGACCGCGGUCAGCCUGUGAAUAUCAUUAUAAACAGAUUUUGUAUGUAAUGCAGCAGCAGGAGAGCUAGGUUGAGCCAGAAAGAGCUAAAAUGAAUAGCUAGAUCUUUGAUGGAUGUUGGUAUACAUCAUGGAAGAGGCUGUCAUCGGUAAGGUACAGAAAGUUCUAAAAUGGGAGCAUAUCCAGUCACUUUGUACAGAGAAAGUUUGCUAGACUUAGACUAACACAUACUAGGCGUUUUGUUUUUGCAGUAGGGAGUCUUACUGGGGUUGUUAGAAGAGAGAGCUUACUACCAGGCCUAUAUCUAGCUAGCUAGCUGUAACUUUUCACUUUUAUUGACCUAUGCUCUGUAAAAGUGCAUCGUCAGCUCAAUUAGCACUCGCCCGCAGACCCACUUAGUAGUUUUGCAUAUAAGGUCAUGCUUUGCAAACUUCCAUGAGAUGCGAUUCCCGAGGUAAGACGCGCCUUCUGUAACGUGCUCCUGGUGAUAGCUACAAGUAUUAUCAUUUUUGUGAUGUUUGUAUUUUUAGCUGUUGUGAUAGCCACCAAGAAACAUUGAAACAAAAUUCCUAUCGCUCAGAACUCUUUUAAAGGGACAAGCAUCAGGAAUGUGAACAGUGAAGAAACGAACAUGAGCAAUUUUCCUCUCAAUAAAGUGCCAGAGGCAACUGCGGACUCGGAGUAUGACGAGGUAGGACUCCCUGUGGUGAAUAAUGGGAGCAAACAGUACAGUUUUGACGUGGGUCCUUGUCCUGUGUACGGGGGCACACUCUGAGGACACCUCAAGAAACAAGAAUGUACUACGACUAAACAACAAUGUGUACUUUCAUUAAUUAUU